CAAAGAACUCUAGCACCCCCAGCCCCCCGCAGCCACCGCAACCCCCGCACCCACCGGAGCCCCCGCAGUCACCGCAGCUCCCGCAGCCCCACUUCGUUGUCAUCGCGGAACUCUCCUCCGCUGGGAAGCUCCGUCGCCAAGCAACUAUACGAUGCCGGAGCAAGAAAAAUGUGGGUUCUGAGUACAUUGCCAUUGGGGUGCUUUGCCAGGAGGUAGAACUGCAGCAGGAGGACCUUUAAGAUUGUGUUCUGAUAUUGUCAAUGGAGAAGCUCAAUUAUUCAAUGGUCAAUUAGCAUCGACUGUUAGUUCUUCGCAAGCCACUUUCUGGUUCUACCUUUCAAUUCAUUGAUUUCUGUGCUGCACUGCUCAAGAUCAUACAAAAUCCUUUUAGUUCAGGGUCUAUAAAUGUUGCAAACGGAUGUUGUGGGACUGGACUGCUCCACUUGUUGUAAACAGUUAACAGUUGAGUUGAGAAUUGCUGCAAUGUCAUCUCUUGUUCAGCACUUGCAAGCUCCCACUUCCAUCCCUAAAACCCUGAUCUCGAUUUUCUCAUUCUCUUUCUCCCCUCCCUUCCUUUCCACUAUUUCCAUCUCCCGUCGGACACUCCCCUGCUCCGCCCUACGCACCACCCAUGACCGCCACGAACCGUCCCACAAACUCAACCACCUCGAAUUUUCCGACACUGACAACGAAGAUGAAAACGAGGAGCUUGAUGUCAACGCGCUAGAGCAAGAAGCCAAGGACGCUGUCGAAGCUUACUCUACCUCUCUCUCUCGCAUUCUCACCAUUGAUGACGAGAAAAAUGAUAUUAAGCAAACAGCUAAAAGACACAAGAGGGGUAAAACCGGAGCUAACAAUGUCAGGAUCCCUGACAACCUUCUCCCAAGAGUUGCAAUUGUAGGGAGGCCAAAUGUUGGCAAAUCAGCCUUGUUCAACCGUCUUGUUGGGGGAAACAGGGCAAUUGUGGUGGACGAACCUGGGGUGACUAGGGAUCGCUUGUAUGGUAGGUCCUACUGGGGAGACCGUGAAUUCAUGGUGGUGGACACAGGCGGGGUUCUUACUCUUUCAAAAUCACAAGCUAAUGUUAUGGAAGAUCUGGCUAUUACUACUACAGUUGGUAUGGAUGGUAUUCCGCUUGCCACUAGAGAGGCUGCAGUUGCCAGGAUGCCAUCAAUGAUUGAGAGGCAAGCGGUUGCAGCUGUCGAAGAAUCAUCUGUUAUUGUUUUCGUUGUUGAUGGUCAGGCAGGUCCAUCGGCUGCCGAUGAGGAGAUUGCGGAUUGGCUUCGUAGAAACUACUCAGAUAAAUGUGUCAUUCUUGCAGUUAACAAGUGUGAAUCUCCACGCAAAGGAAUUUUGCAGGCAUCUGAAUUUUGGUCCCUUGGGUUUGAACCAAUUCCAAUAUCAGCUAUAUCAGGCACUGGAACUGGAGAUCUUCUUGAUCUUGUUUGUUUAGGGUUGCAAAAAGUUGAGGAGCCAAACAAUAUUGAUGAAGAAGAAGAUUAUGUUCCUGCAAUCUCAAUUGUUGGCAGACCAAAUGUUGGCAAAAGUAGCAUUUUGAAUGCACUAGUUGGUGAGGACAGAACAAUAGUAAGCCCUGUCAGUGGCACUACACGUGAUGCCAUUGAUACUGAAUUUACCGGACCAGAUGGCCAGAAAUUCCAGCUUAUUGAUACUGCCGGAAUCAGGAAAAGAGCAGCUGUAGCCUCAGCUGGAAGUACCACAGAGGCUUUGUCAGUGAAUAGAGCAUUUCGUGCUAUUCGCCGUUCUGAUGUUGUUGCCCUUGUAAUUGAGGCCAUGGCUUGUAUCACAGAACAGGACUACAAGAUAGCUGAAAGAAUAGAACAAGAAGGGAAAGGUUGUGUAAUAGUUGUUAACAAGUGGGAUACAAUACCAAAUAAGAACCAGCAGACUGCAACAUACUAUGAGCAAGAUGUCAGAGAGAAGCUUCGAAUACUUGACUGGGCUCCAAUUGUUUAUUCUACUGCAAUAGCUGGCCAUAGUGUUGACAAGAUUAUUGAUGCUGCUAGUGAGGUUGAAAAGGAGAGAUCAAGAAGACUCGGAACUUCUAUACUAAAUCAAGUAGUGCUGGAAGCAGUGGCUUUUAAGCCUCCUCCUAGGACACGAGCUGGUAAAAGAGGGCGUGUUUACUAUUGUACACAGGCUGCUAUAAGGCCCCCUACAUUUGUGUUCUUUGUCAAUGAUGCAAAACUUUUUCCUGAGACUUACCGCCGCUAUAUGGAGAGGCAACUGCGUACUGAUGCUGGUUUUUCUGGUACACCCAUUCGGCUUUUGUGGCGUAGCAGAAGGAGAGUGGGAAAAGAUGAAGGCAAAGCACAAGAAUCCAAAUGAAUCUUUCAACAAUUGAUUAAAAUUUGGCAUCAAUUACACUAUAAAGAUCAGACAUUUUAUCAUGGAAAAAGUGGUUCUGGUUCUGUUUGUGUUGGUCAAAAAGAAGGAGUCUUAGAAUCAGCAAUACCAAGAUUGCUCAAUACGUGCAAGCUGAAAUCUAUCAAGACUAUUGAAAGCUCCAAAAUGAUGGGAAAUGCGCCUGAAAUGUGGAUGAUACUAACUUAUUUAUAGUGAUCAGGAUGUUUCUGUAAUCCUUAAGCAUAUUCAAUCGUCAACAAAUAUAUUGUAAAUUUAUGUAUAGAAGUUGUUACAUCAAAUAUAUGUUAUUCAAUUACUAAGUAUUCAAUCUUUUUAAUGCUGAACAUGCAAUUAGUGAUGGUUAA